AUGAACUUCUCCAUUGGACGGACCAUCGGUGCGACUUUCUCGACGUCGGCGAAGAUAAUGACGGAACAAGGGGCUAUCUACACGUCUAUUCAGAAGAAACUCCAAGACGCGUUCCAGCCCACGCAUUUGGAAGUGCUCAACGAAAGCUACAUGCACAACGUCCCCAAGGGAUCUGAAACCCACUUCAAGGUCGUGGUGGUCUCUGACGAGUUUGAAGGCAAGCCUCUCAUCCAACGGCAUCGCCUCGUGAACCAGGUGUUGGCCGCGGAAUUGGACGGCGGCGUGCAUGCCUUGUCGAUCCAGAGCAAGACCCCGACUCAGUGGGCUGCCAACAACACGGUGCGACCGUCUCCUUCCUGCCUUGGCGGCAUGCUUCACGACCAAAAGAAGUAG